UCGUAGAAUGGGGGAGGGGAAUCCGAGUUCCAAAGAGCAAAGGUGUGUUUACACUGACUCGAGAGGAAUAUAGGUAAAUAAGAAAAUAUCUCGAUAUAUCUGCAUCGAGUGUUUUACGAUGACAUGAUGGCCAGCGUACAUUGUAUGUAUUUGUUUGUGUCGCACAUAUAAGAUUUCUGCUGUGUUUUGGGAAAAUACAGUAAAGUAAAAAAAAACCUUCCGCGUAACCGAGAAACAUGAAAGAAACACUGAAGCUCAAGGUGCUGGCGCUGGUGCUCUGCGUAUUUCCAACAGAGCUGCUGUCUAUCCAGGUUACGGUUCCCCAUACAGAGAGAUCCACGAUGUUGUUUGGUUCUGUUACUCUGCGAUGUGAAUAUUCCACUUCUGCAAAUCAGCAAGAUGUUCUGGUCACAUGGCGAUACAAGUCCUUCUGUUUGGAUCCAGUGCUGGAGUAUUACUCAGCAGCAUAUCAAGCAGCUCUGGGUCUGAAGCAAGACCCAGCCAACGACUGUCCAGACAGUCAGCGCACUGUCCGCGUCGUGAUUCAGAAAAGAGGCCAGAGUGAAGCUGUUCUGGGGACAGAAUAUCGAGAUCGCAAGAUUUACAUGCAAAACAGUGCGGACCUUGUUAUAAAUGAGGUCAUGUGGUGGGACAACGGCAUGUAUUUCUGCUCUAUCGACGCGGCGGGUGAUGUCGUGGGAGACUCCGACAAAGAAAUCAGACUUAUUGUGUAUCACUGGCUGACUGUGCUGCUCAUCGUUCUCGGUGGGUUGCUCCUCAUCAUACUGUUGUGUGUCUGCUGCUGCCAGUGCUGUCCUCAGAACUGCUGCUGCUAUGUCCGUUGUCCCUGCUGUCCUCGCACUUGCUGCUGCCCAGAAGAAGCGGUGAUGCGCCACAAGAUGAUGCGCGAUGCUCAAAAAGCAAUGGUACCGUGGCUCCAUGGCCAGCCCAUCUAUGCCCCCAUUUCCUCAAAUGCAUCUUCUCAAGGAAACCCUUUACUAUAUUCAGGGUCUUUUUCUGAACCUUCAAUGAAACACAACCUUCCAAUGGCCCCGAUGGCCAUUCCUCCUCCUCAACAUGUCCCACCAAUGGUACCUCCCCAUGGAUAUCAUUCCAAUGGCAGCGUAAAUGGAAGUGUACAUGGUAAUAACCAGAUGAUAGAUUUUCUGGAGAACCAAGUAAGAGGCAUGGAUAUGGCUGUCCCAAUGCUUCAACCUCAACAUCACUACACAGCAGUCCCGCUUCCUCAUCAAUAUGGGGCCCCACAGCCUCAAUAUGUAACUCCACCACCUCAACCCUUACCCCAAGCUUUAGCAGCCAGGCCUCCCAGCAUGCUCUCAGCCCUGGACGAGAUGGGCGUCCAAGGUGUGGAGCGCAGGGUCAUCCAGCUGCCUCCCAUCGUGGGCCGAGCAAAACAGAGCUCUCGGCGGUCCAAGGAUGGUGGAAGACACCGACAGUCUAAUCAUUCCAGCGGCAGCUCUAACCGCAAUGGUUACCAUCGUGAUGAUUCUUGGAGGGAGCCGUCAUCUUCACGGAGAGGGACCCAGUUACAGCGCAGUUACAGCGACGAGUCGGACUGGGACGAUAGGCGUAGAGGUCGAGGUUCAGCAGGACGCAGGGAAGUUUCAGGGUCGGAUAGGUCUCAUCCACGUGUUCGCAGUAAAGGAGAGCUUCUGGAGGAGUUGGAGCGUGCGGCAAACCACAGAGAUAGGAGCUCCUGGAGUUCAGACGAGGACGACAAUUAUAGAAAGGGGAAGCGAUCUCAAGGGAGACUGGCUGAGAGACCACCAGCUUAUUCUUCCAUUGAUGUUUUGACUGGCCACAGCAGGAGAAGUGACCUCUUCUCGGAAAAGAGCUCUCGCAGUGGCACGAGCGUUGUGAUUUGAGUCCCUGCCUUGUCCUUCAUUUCUAACCUUAUCUUUUAUUACUCACCACCUACAAGUGAAGUCUACUGGACUGCUGUCAUUGGGACUAAUUGUGUACUUCAGCACAAUAAUUAAUCAGUGACCGCAAAUGGCCUGCAGUAGACCCCUGGAAGACCGUAAAUGCACUGUACACCAUUUUUACACUUCAUUUUACGUUUUAAACUGCUUUUAGAUGUUAUUUGAUCACUUGAGAACAUUUCUUUGUGUUAUAUGUGUAACUUUUCACUGUUUUCACUGUACAUUGUUUAAUUAUUAACCAAGGCAAGGUUUUUGGUAUUUGAUCAGUACAAUUUAUAGAAGACGCUUACAUUGAUUGCACUUGAACUGAAGGUUGUACAUAAAAGAGCCUCUUUGGUUCAUCUAGGUACUCUGUUUACUCUUAGUUAGUCUUUGUCUGGAGUAGUUUUAAUGUUGGUUUACUUUUCUUUGUCGUUUAAUGGUGGUGUUGUACAAAUACAAUCCUUGGGAUCUAUAACUUUUAUAUUUGAGUAUGUAUGUGCGCAUAUGUGUUUGUUAGUGUUAGUUGUUUUGUUUUGUUUUUUAUAAAAGAGCAGUAUAUUUCUUAACUUCAACUCAUAAUCAAAAGCUACAGGCAAACCAAAAUUUAUUCAGACACCUUUAACAUUUCCCACAUCAUUACAGUUUAUUCUCUAUAGUUUAGAAAAUGGUAAUAAAUUAUGACAAUAAAUCCGAGUUAAACUCGGAUUCAUCUUGAUAAUGUCAGAUAACUUUGAUAGAAAGUUAUGUAAUGGAUUACAAUCCAACAAAAUUUCAGACAACUGUUAGUAUGACAAUAUUUACACAACCAUCAAAACUUUACCAAGCAAUACUUAAUUUUCUUCAGUCUGUGGUGUAAAAAGGCUGCAUUAGCAAUUAAAGAAAAAACACUUAAGCAAAACAUAAUAAAGUCAUAGUGUCUAAAUAAUUUAUGGUCCAAAUUUUUUUAUAAAUUUUGCUGAUAGUCCACUGUAUGAAGAAUUUUUGGGUCACAGUUUAGUUUAUUUUGCUAUCCUGAACUAUAGUGUCCUGCACCCACUAGUGUCUGAAUAAUUUUUGGUUUGACUGUAGAACAGUACUCAGUUAAUUCCAAGGAAAUAAAAUCCAAGAAUUGAUGUAAACACUGUCUGAAAACUGCAAUAAAGUACCUUUUUAGUCUUUUA